GUUGGCCGUGCUCGAGGAGAUGAAUGGGAGGCAGAUCACUCCAAAUGUUAUUGCCAACAACGCUGCUAUAGCCGCGUGCGCCGCAGUGGGGCAGUGGGCCCAAGCCGCCGUGAUCCUGUACGCUAUGUCCAGUCCAGACGUUGUCAGUUUCAAUUCUGCCAUCACAGCUUGCGAGGCUGGGGCGAACUGGCAGAUGGCUGCUUGCCUGUUGCAGGACAUGAAGCUCAAGCGCCUUUUGCCCGAUGCACUGUCGCACAAUGCUGCACAGAAGGCCUUCAAGGCCUCCUGGCAGUGGCAACGAUCACUCAGUCUGCUGAAAGAAAUGAACGAGCUGCAGGGAGCGAAGCCGGACCUGAUCACAUACACUGCGGCGGUUUCGGUUUGUCAGAAGAUACUGGCAAAGGGACAGGCAGUGGCGCUGCUUGAUGAGGUGUGCAUGCUGGUGGACAGUGACUGGCCAUGGGCCGACGUGCGGCCAAACGCAAUUGAAAAGCUGCUUAUUUGUCCAAGUAGAACACCGACGCAUCGGACAAUGCUCCACACUUGUUCGGCCCGGUUGCAGCACGUCCAAGGGACCGCCUUCAGCUUGUUGGAGGAGAUACCCUCGUUCGAGGACGGUUACCUUGAGGCAUUAUUCCUGUGCCAGAUGUGCGUUGUUUUCUUGGACCUUCGGCAUAUCUGUGUUGACUCCAACAGGCUGGCGCUUGCGGUUCGCAGCCUUUGCGUGCUUAUCGUUUUCUGCCGGAGGACUUUGCUGCACCAGCUCCUGAAGCUCUCAGGUGAGAAAGAGAUCAGCCUCCAGGCAUCAAGGCACCUGUGUGGGCAUAUGCGGGCAUUCAGCCUGGUGGGCCACACCAACACAUUCGCCAAAGCUCUUGUCAAUGCAGCAGUGGGUCCAAAGCAUCGCUACUUUUAA